CUCCCUCCUCCCAGCCCCACACCCCUCAGGGUCCUAGAAGAAAGCCUUGUCACCUGGAUGGACUGUGAUAAAGACGAGCAACAGAAUCCGGGCCAUGUCAGAGGGCGUUCCUGUUGACAAGGAGAACCUGAGCAGUGAGGCACUGAGACCACUGGACCAUCCAGCUGCAGGGUUGCAGCUUUCUCUUCAGGGAGGAGGCAGCUGCAAUAAAGAGAAGUCAAGAGGAGGAAAAGCCUUUGGACUGCUGAAGGCCCAGCAGGAAGAGAGACUCAAUGAAAUCAACAAGCAAUUCCUGGAUGAUCCCAAAUUUAGCAGUGACGAGGACCUGCCUUCCAAGCUGGAAGCCUUCAAGAAGAAAUACAUGGAGUUUGACCUGAAUGGAAAUGGAGAUAUCGAUAUCAUGUCCCUGAAGCAAAUGCUGGAGAAACUUGGGGUCCCCAAGACCCACCUGGAGCUAAAGAAAUUAAUCCGGGAGGUAUCCAGUGGCUCUGGGGAGACUUUCAGCUACUCUGACUUUCUCAAGAUGAUGUUGGGCAAGAGAUCUGCCAUCCUAAAAAUGAUCCUUAUGUAUGAAGAGAAGGCGAGAGAACAGGAGAAGCCAACGGGUCCCCCAGCCAAGAAAGCUAUCUCCGAGUUGCCCUGAUUUGUGGUGGGGAGAUGUGGUAGGAUUGAAGGGGCUUCUAGUGACCCCAGCAUAGAAAAGAAAGACAAAACUGUGAGCCAGAGUCAAAUUAAUUUAAAUAAAUUAUCCUUGUUCAGAUCAA